UACAACAAUGCAACAUGUUGCUUCGAAAGGAAAUUGAGAAACUUUUAGUUUGUGUUUUGUUUCUAAUUUCUUCGAGCAAAAGAAACAUCCACUGUCAUCAUCUUCCUUUGGCUCCUUCAAAUAUUCUUAAACCAGUGGAUUGUCAGUCUAUUUAUAUAAAAAGUCCUCCAAAUUCCCCAUUUCUUUUUUAUAAAUUAGAUUUAAAUUUAAAUAUACUUAUAAGACAGGAAGUGGGAUAGCCACGAAACAUAGAAUAGCAAAAGAGAGAAAUAGAGAGGAUGAGCACCACAUCCUCCUCUGUUUUUUUCAUUACAUAUAUUCCAAUCCCACUCCUUAGAUCUUAGCUUUCAUCUUUUUUCUCAUCUGGGUCCUCCUCAAAUGGAAGUCCGCUUUGUUGUUCUGAUUGGUUCAUGAAGGAUCUGAUGUUCCAAGAUUGGAUUUGACGUUUCCUAAUUGUUGUUUCAGUCAGAGCACUAUCUGGGUUCUGUCUGAAUUUUGGACAAGAAAAAAGAUGGAACCAGAUCAUGGGAAGCUCUUCAUUGGUGGGAUUUCCUGGGACACAGAUGAGGAACGGCUCAAGGAAUAUUUCAGGAAGUAUGGAGAGGUUGUGGAGGCUGUGAUCAUGAGGGAUCGUGCAACCGGUCGUGCUCGUGGUUUUGGGUUUGUUGUCUUUGCGGAUCCUGCAGUUGCAGAAAGAGUAGUUAUGGAUAAGCACAUGAUCGAUUGCCGCACAGUGGAAGCAAAGAAGGCUGUUCCUAAGGAGGAUCAGCACAUUUUAAACAGAACUGGGGUUGUCAAUGGUUCCCCCAGUCCUGGACGCACAAAAAAGAUUUUUGUUGGAGGUUUAGCGUCCACAGUCACCGAGAGUGACUUUAAGAAGUACUUUGAUCAAUUUGGAACAGUCACUGAUGUUGUGGUAAUGUAUGAUCACAACACACAAAGGCCAAGAGGCUUUGGUUUUAUUACUUAUGACUCGGAGGAGGCUGUUGACAGAGUUCUGCAUAAAACAUUUCAUGAACUCAAUGGUAAGAUGGUUGAGGUCAAGAGGGCAGUCCCUAAAGGGCUAUCCUCAGGGCCCAGCCGGAGCCCUAUGAUAGGACACAACUAUAGUCCGGGUAGGACCAAUAGUUUCCUCAACAGCUAUGCUCAAAGUUAUAAUAUGAGCCCGAUUGGAGGUUUUGGCAUUAGUAUGGACACCAGGUUCAGUCCAAUCUCUAGUGGUCGUAGCCGGUUGUCUCCAUUUGGCCCUUCUGGAUAUGGAUUAGGUAUGAAUCUGGAGCCAGGGUUGAGCCCAACGUAUGGUGGUAAUUCCAACUUUGGCAGUAGUCUAGGAUAUGCACGAAUGUUGAGCCCCUUUUAUAGUGGCAAUUCACACAGGUAUAAUACCCCUGUUGGAUAUAAUGUGGGUAAUGGGAGGAGCAGUCCUGUAUUAAACACAACUACUCAGAAUGUCUGGGGAAACAGUGGCAUCAACAGUAACUUGAACCCUGCCAGUACCGGGGCUUACUUGACCUCUUCAAAUGGAGGUUUUGAAGUUGCGAGAAAUAAUGGCUCAAAUUGGGGCGCUAAUUCUUUUACAACUGAAAGUAGAGGCAUUGCUUCGGGCUAUAAUAGUGCUAAUGGUUAUGGAAGUGGAAGUAGCAGCUUUGGAUUGGGAGGGGGAGGAUAUGGAAGAAACGGUGACACUUGUGUAGCCCCAACAUCAUCAUUUCCUGGAUCAACUACUGGUUAUGAGGGGUCUUAUGGGGACUUGUACCAGAACAGUUCAGUUUACGGCGACUCAACUUGGCGCUCUAGCAGUCCUGAUCUAGAUGGUUCUAGCACGUUUGGUUAUGGGCUGGGUGAUUUACCUGCAGACGUCACAGCCAAAAGUUCUGGUGGCUAUAUUGGAGGUUACAAUGUUACCAGUAGACAACCAAUUAGAGGAAUUGCUGCUUAGGUGAUUUGUUUGGUAUGAAGAGGUGAAGCGAAACCAGUCAAGCAUUGAAGGAUUGUGAAUAUUAUACGUCUCCCUUAUUAAGAUUUUCAGCUUAUAAGGAAACUGAUCAUGUAGUUCUAACGAGGUUCCUUCAAUUGGAAGUAUACAUAUUCAGAGAGAAAGCAGUUACAUGGAAAUUUGUGUCAAGGUUUGGGAUUUGCUUUUUUCCUCGAAAACUUAGGUUCCCUUCUUAAAAUUCGAUUGAGGUGUAGCAUCAGAUCGCAGGAUAUAUACUCAGGAAGACGGUUUCAAUUAAUGUACCUUCCAUCUCCAGUGGGACGAGCCAGUGUUAGUCUGCCGAAAGAGAUAGAGCAAUUGAUUUUUUAACUUUCGUUUUUUUUUUUCCUUCCUAUUUCGUUUCGUUUCUGUAAGCCUGCAAAGUUGCUGGUGGUUAUAUUUCUUCUGGGAUUUGGUUUUUCUCUAUUUACUCGUGUGAAACAAUAGGACUCCCAACUGGGGUAAACCCCAUCAAUAAGUUUAACAUUUUGAUUCAUUGUUUUUAAGUUCAAUUGUUUUCUCU